AUGGCUUCAUUAGAAAUAAAAUCCGGUGCAUUAGUAUCUUUACAAGAUCUGCGCCCAUCCUCUCCGUUUUUCAAGCAAGGAACAUCACUCAGAAUAAUUGGAAAGUUACGUGAGUACUCUUUUGAGACAGGCCUAGCAACAGUUAUAGAUGGUAACAGUAUUCUUAAAGUUAACACUGAGCAUUUGAUGGACCUUAAUUUCCAAGUUGGCUCUGUCUACCAAUUCAUCGGAGAACUCCUUAUCCAACCUGAUAACGAGGGAGUUUUGCAGGCACGUGUUGGCAGAAACGUCGACGGGAUUGAUCUCAACCUUUAUCAUCAGUCUAUGCUGCUUUUGAGACAGUUUCAAGCCAAUCAUUUGAGUAAUCCAGCAACUUAA